AUGGCCGACGUCCGAGCGCUUCUCCGCCAGCAACGAGCAGCCCGUCGCAUCAACCACCCGUACGCCCUGUAUUCAGACGCAGGAAAGCUUCUCUGCACCCUCUGCCGCGAUCACAUCCGAGCCGAAUCCCACUGGGACGCCCAUCUCCAGAGCGACAAGCACAAGAAGCGGCUGUCUGCCCUAAACCAGAGCAUCGUUGACGAUGCCAAUGCCGAGGUAGAAGACGAGGACCCAGAGGAGGAUGAACAUGAAGCAGGAGAAGAAGAAGAUGCCGAGGAUCAUGAUGCCUUGGCAGCGCAAAAGCGGAAACUCGACCAACUAGGUCCAGAAGAAAAAGACACAGACCUCGACGACGAAGACGAAGCGCGGAGGAAACGCAGCAGACCCGCAACAGCAUCCGAAGACGACCCCAAUCGCAACAAGAAGCCCCUCAUGCCAACACAAGGCGUCCAAGUCCAGAUAGCCUCACGAUCAUCGACUCCCUCGCAGCCAGCAGUGCCCAAGCUGGCAACUUCUCUCCCCUCCCGCCAGGCCAGCAAUCUCGCCACUCCCGCAUCCUCUUCAUCCAUGAGCAUCAGCAUCCAGCCCCAAUCCUCAACCGCCAGCCUCUCACAGUCGCAACAGCCAGCACAACCUGCACAGCAGGUCGACGAAGAUGAAUGGGCGGCCUUCGAAGCCGACAUCGCCGCCACGUCCGCCGCCCAAGACUACGACGACGACGCCGUAAUCUCCCGCCCAGCCAUGACCGCCGAAGAAGCCGCCGCCGCAGCAAAAGAAACUGAAGAAGACGCCGUCCAGAACCCAGAGUCCCGCAAGUCCAAGGCCGACGCCGAAAUCGAGGAUGAGCGCGAGGAAGCCACCCGCGCCCUCGAGGAUGAAUUCGAAGAGAUGCAGGAGCUCGAGGCGCGUGUCCAGCGUUUAAAGGAGAAGCGCGAAGCGUUGAUGCGCAAGAGGAGCGAGACUCUCACUCAAGACCAAGCUGAUGAUAUCCAGACGGCAGUGAAAGCUGUUUCUGAUCCGCAAGACGAAGGGAAAGAGAAUGUCCACACGACUGGCGAUGCUACCAAGCCAGACGCCGAUGAUGAUGACGAGGACGAUGAAGAUGAAGAAGAUGACUGGGAUGGCUUCCGCUUCCGAACAGGGCGGUAG